AUGGUUCGUCAAUUCAUCGUCAGUGUUUCGAUCGUUUUGAUCUGUUUCUCAUUCUAUGCCGAACGCGUCUUAGCCGCAGAUUAUACAGCUUACUAUCCAUUCGAUACCAGCAAUUGCCAAUUUCCAUUCAAUUACAAUGGCAAAACCUACAACAACUGCACAACUGAUGGUGAUAACGGAAAUACCUUAUGGUGUUCGUUGACAACCGAUUACAUCGGGCAGUUUACGUACUGUUACGACUUUUUCAAAUCGUCGCUCCAGUGCGCGCCAAGUUUCCAAGUCAACGGUAAAACAUUUACUGGAUGCAGUCUCUUAUCGAGAUCAGCGACAUAUAAACAAUGUAAAACAAAUAACACGGAUUUUCCAACGAUUUACUGUCCUGAUGCUAAGAAGCCAACGACGAAAAUCAUCAAAGGGCGUCGUAGUAAUUGUGAACGUAAAUACAAAUCUAUUUCGGACGUUCAUACCAAAUGUUUUCAACCAAGUCCAUUCGCCGUUCAAGUGCCAAUAACUGAUGAUGAAAAACAAGCACUUCUCGAUAUGCAUAAUCAAUAUCGUGCUGCUGUUCCAUCGGAAUCCAUGUUUAAACUUUCUUGGAAUGAUAAAUUAGCUGAUAUGGCUCAAGCACGUGGUGAUCUCUGUGUUUUCGAUCAUGAUCUCGCUGCCAACCGUAUCAUUCCUGAUUACGGCUGGAAAAACGGUCAAAACCUGGUCUGGUCAACUGAAAUCCGUAUGCCAUUAGAUAGUUUGAUCGAUUCGAUGUUAGGCGCCGAAAAAGAACGUUUCAUAUAUGGUGUUGGAUGUACAUCACCUGGCACGUGUCUUCAUUACACCCAAGCUAUGCUCAGUAACAUCACACAUAUGGGUUGUGCACAUACACAAUGUGUUUAUACAACACAUAUUGAUCGUUUUCUCACUUGUAACUAUCUCCAAUCACAAUAUGCAAGCAAAUACAUGACACCAUAUGUUCAAAGCUCAAAUCCUGCAUCGAAAUGUCCUCAAACGGCAGCUGAUGGCUUAUGUGAUUGUGGAGACAAAUCCUGUAACUACGGCAAUGGUGAAUAUCUUGAUCCAAACACGUGCACCUGUAACGUAGAUAAAUCUAAACGAUCGUUGAACAAACGGAAUGCCGAUGACGAUGAUGUUUUAAUUGCUGCACCACGUGGAGGAGCAGGAAAUUUAUUAUCAAAACGAAGUAUCAAUUAUCUUCGAAAACCAAAACCAAAACCAAAAAGUUAA